AUUUCAACGACUUAAACCAAACCAAAUUUACGAAAUUUUGGUUUGUAGCAGUUUUAGUUUUAUUAAAUAUGGUUGCGAAUGGUUAUGAGUGAAUCCAACCAAUCUCACUGAAGUGGUUCAGAAUUUUUGUUAAUUCGGUAUAUUCGUACUGAACCAUAUAAAACCAAAUUUCUUCUCCUUUCUUCUCUUUUCUCUGUUUCACUCACUCCCACUUUACUCAAAAGAGACUUAAACUUUAUAGUUGUUUUCUUCAUCAGCGCAAUAAUGAACGAAGAGAUGAGCGGUGAGUCGCCGGAGAAUAACAAACACGUAAAGAAACCGACGAUGCCGGAAAAGAUCGAUUACGUGUUCAAGGUGGUGGUCAUUGGAGAUUCUGCUGUCGGGAAAACGCAGCUCCUCUCACGUUUUACACACAACGAGUUCUGUUAUGAUUCAAAAUCAACCAUUGGUGUCGAGUUUCAGACACGGACCAUCACUCUUCGGGGCAAACUCGUCAAAGCUCAGAUCUGGGACACCGCCGGUCAAGAGAGAUACAGAGCGGUGACUAGCGCCUACUACAGAGGUGCGUUAGGUGCGAUGGUGGUUUACGACAUUACCAAACGCCUCUCAUUCGACCACGUUGCACGUUGGGUCGAGGAAUUACGUGCUCACGCCGAUGAUUCCGCCGUGAUCAUGCUCGUCGGAAACAAAGCCGAUCUCUCCGUUGGUAAACGUGCCGUUCCUACGGAGGAUGCAGUCGAAUUCGCCGAGACUCAACGGCUUUUUUUCUCGGAAGUCUCGGCUCUAAGCGGCGGAAACGUCGACGAAGCUUUUUUCCGUUUACUCGAGGAGAUUUUCAGCCGCGUUGUUGUUUCGAGAAAAGCUAUGGAAUCCGACGGUGGAGCCACCGUGAAACUUGACGGUUCGAGAAUUGAUGUCAUCUCUGGUUCGGAUCUUGAGACUAGUAAUAUCAAGGAACAAGCUUCGUGCUCGUGUUGAAAUUUUGAGUGAUAGGCCAUAAAAUCAAAAGCCAAUUAUUGGGCCUUUCUUUAAGCCCAUAUAUGACUCGGAUCUUUGUUUGGGUUUUUCAUGUUUAGAGAAUUAGAGGUGGUGCUUAUAGUAAAAUCAAAAAGCUAUUCAUGUGUCACUCGUAAUCUCUUUGACAUUCUUGUAUAUGUAAAGAAAAAACAAUUCUUUUAUUCUGUCAAGUUCCAAGGAGUUUCUUCUA